AUUUGCAAGAGCAAAGACUGGACACGACUUUUAGCUCGUGCUAAAGCUUUAAGCGCGAGAGCAAACCAUCUACAGGACAAGCCGGAUUUUUAUCUUUAUGUCCACAAUACUAAUCUUUAACAUUGUGAUCCAUUUAUUUGUGUAUGCGUGCUGUGCGCCCGCCUAUAGAAGCAUCUCCUAACGCGCUCUUUAAAUAACUAAAAAUAUAUAGCGCCUUUGACUUCAGACCAGGUUUCAGUUGGUUAAUGCCGCGGUCUAUUUAAGUUGACUCAAAUUAGCAACGCACCAACAAUGCACGUGAACACACCUCGCUUCCAGACCAGCACGCCCAUGGGCGCAAAAAUGGGCGCAAAUGCAUUUGCUAUUUAAACAACGUGGCGCAGGACGUGAAAAUGAAAACUGAAUACUGAAACUAGCAAAAACCACUUGCGUCACGCCUGGCUCCGCACUGCGCCGAGUGUAUGAUAGGGCCCAAAAUGUGUUGUUUUUAACACAACUUUUUUUAGGGUGUACUUCGCGUUAAUUUUUCUUAUUUACAGUAUUGGCAUUUUUGUUUUGCUUGUUUUAAACAUCAGCAGACAUUCUGUCCUGCCAGUAAGGUCGUAUUUGUAUAAACGUGUUAUCCUUGAGCAGUUUAAAUGUAUGUUUCACUUCUGUUUUGCAGAGAGGUGAAUGUAUUCAGCAUGCUAGAUCCAUCUAUGCGAACAGCAGCGCCUCUCUGAGUGAAGUGAUCACGGACAGAUUCAUGUGCACUGGAGGUUCAGAGACACACAGACAUGAAAUGACUUGUAAAGGGGACUCUGGAGGACCACUACUCUUACGCAAGAGAAUGCGCUAUUUCCAAGUGGGAGUCAUUAGUUGGGGAACCACGCAGAUAUGUGACUCCAAGACUGUUGUGAAAGAUGAUGACUGGCCUUCAGACGCCCGAGACUUUCACAUCAGUGUGUUCUCUUUGAUGCCCUGGCUCAGACAACAUCUUGACAAGGAUCUGGAGUUUCUGAAGGACACUUAGCAAGAGUUAAACACAUUAAACAGAUGAAUGCAUGCGUCUUUUUUGUGAUAAUCCCUAUCAGUAAGAGUACCUUGCAAGG